CUGCCACACCUUUUUUAGGAAAUAUUUCCUCGACUCCACAUUCAUUUCGUGUUACGGCAGUGUGCUGUUCAGUGCUAGACAAUUACAACUGUUUCAAACGAGACCUGAUAUUCCGUUUCGUGCGACAAGAUGGCUUCUCAAUGUGUGUCAAAAGUAGAACUCUCCAUCUCGUGCAGCAAUCUCCUCGACAAAGACGUUGGAUCCAAGUCUGACCCACUCUGCGUGCUGCUGCAGAGCAUUGGGGAUGACAAGUGGACCGAGUUGGACCGCACAGAGCAGGUGAAAAACUGCCAGGACCCCGAGUUCUCCAAGAAGCUGCUCCUGGACUACCACUUUGAGAAGGUGCAGAAGUUGAAGCUGGGUGUCUAUGACAUAGACAACAAGUCUGUCGAUCUGAAGGAUGAUGACUUCCUGGGGGGGUUAGAGUGCACACUGGGACAGAUUGUGUCCAGCAAGAAGAUUACCAGACCUCUACAACUGAAAAAGGGGAAGCCUGCAGGCAAAGGCACCAUUACUAUUACUGCUGAGGAGAUAAAGGAUAACAGGGCCAUAGUGCUGGAGGUGGAGGCUAAAGGCCUGGAUAAGAAGGACUUGUUUGGGAAAUCUGAUCCAUUCCUAGAAUUCUUUAAGCAAGGAGAUGAUGGCAAGUGGCAGCUGGUUCACAGAACAGAGGUUGUCAAGAAUAAUCUGAGUCCGUCAUGGAAGAAAUUCACUGUGGCUCUGCAAACAUUCUGCAACUGUGACAUGAGCAAACCAAUCAAGGUCCACUGCUCUGAUUAUGAUAGUGAUGGCUCGCAUGACCUUAUCGGUGUUUUCCAAACUAAUGUGUCUGAGCUGCAGAAAGCUGCCCAUGGUUCACCGGUGGAGUUUGACUGUGUCCAUCCAGAGAAGAAGAAGAAGAAGAAGAGUUACAAAAACUCUGGAGUAAUCAGUGUCAAGAGCUGCCAGAUACAGGCACAGUACACAUUCCUGGACUAUGUCAUGGGAGGUUGCCAAAUAAAUUUUACGGUGGGCAUUGACUUCACUGGGUCAAACGGCGACCCUCGCUCUCCACAGUCCCUGCAUUACCUGAGUCCUGACGGUCUGAACCAGUACCUGUCGGCCACCUGGUCAGUGGGCCUUGUUGUCCAGGACUAUGACACUGACAAACUCUUCCCUGCCUUUGGAUUUGGAGCUCAAGUGCCCCCAGACUUCAAGGUAUCCCAUGAAUUUGCACUGAACUUCAACCCAAGUAAUCCUUACUGUCAAGGGGUCCAGGGGAUUGUGGAGGCCUACCGCAUGGCCCUACCUCAGGUGAAGCUCUACGGUCCAACCAACUUCUCCCCCAUAAUCAACCACGUGGCAGGCAUCGCGUCAGGGGCGGCACAGCAGAACAACGCAUCGCAAUACUUUGUCCUGCUAAUCAUCACCGAUGGCGAGAUCACGGACUUGGACCAGACCCGGGAUGCCAUCGUCAAGGCCUCACGGCUGCCCAUGUCCAUCAUCAUCAUCGGGGUGGGCGAAGCAGACUUCAAGGCGAUGGAGCUGCUAGAUGGAGAUGACGGCGUACUCAAGUCCCUGAGUGGCGAGCCCGUGACCAGGGAUAUUGUGCAGUUUGUGCCCCUCAGACAGUUUGCCAAUGCCCCUAAGGAAGCCCUCGCCCAGAGUGUCUUGGCUGAAGUGCCCAAUCAACUUGUGUCCUACUUCAAGAUGCUGAAACUGGAUCCGGUCAACAUUCCUGCCCCCAAAGCUUAGUGGAGCAAGCAGAAAUGCAGCACUUUGCAUUCCUAGCCACAUGAGGGAGCCAGCACACUCCACCACACAGGGUUUUGAGUAUGCCCACUAUCGGAUGUGAAAAUACUGAAAUUAUUUCUGUCAAUGCUCAUUUUGCCUUUUGAUUCCACUAUAUAUAUAUAUAUUUCUUUUUUCUACAGUCAGAUAUUUCUCAUUCUUUGCUGCUUCAGAUAUUCUUCUUUCAUUCCUCUGGAAGUAACAAGGAGUUCAAGAAGGGUGAUGUUAAAAAAAAUUGUGGAAAGGAGAGCUUUAAAUAAAGCCAAAAUAAUCAUGCAUUUCAUGUAAUGCAGCUUCAAAACAUUUGAUUAAAUAAAGUAGGCUACUCGCGUAACACAAAAGUUUGAACUCUUCGAUCAGACCAAGAGCGUAAUUGUGUUUUGGUACACCAAAACUCUGUGUUGCAGAGGCAGAAGCAGUGCGUUCUGUGUGGCGCAUACAUGGAUUUAUCCAACGUAUGCAUUAAAUUGUAUUUGUAGACUUGAUGGAAAUAGUAACAAAAGGUGAAUGUUGAACUUUUGUUUCACACAUCCAGUAAAACGAUUGUAUUAAUGUAAUGAAAAAAGUUUGACCGCCAGAAUUGAUUUUGCAAUGAUGCUGUAGGUCUGAUCAAGGUGUUACGUCUUCAUCAUAAUAAUAAUAAUAAUGGCUACAAAUGCUUAGCUUGCACCGCACGUUACAUGUUUCUAAAGGCUUCUGUAUGCUUUGGUUCGGCUGGCACCUAGCAGAAAUCGCCUAGGUGCCAGGGAGUGUGCUAGCAUACUCCCUUAAAAGACCUUCGCUUUUUGUGGGGAAAAAAGCAGUUUGUCCAACUUGAGACUCUGUAGCCAGUAUACACUUCCUCAAAAUAGUCAGAAAUAAUCUAAGAUAACUGAAGAAAUCUGUCAUAAAUUUUUACUUUGUUGAAUGACGGAGCGUAGCCUAGUGGUUAAAGCAUUGGACUACUAGUAACAGAAAGGUUGCAAGAUUGAAUCCCCGAGCUGACACGGUACAAAUCUAUCGUUCUGUCCCUGAACAAGGCAGUUAACCCACUGUUCCUAGGCUGUCAUUGAAAAUAAGAAUUUGUUCUUAACCGACUUGCCUAGUUAAAUAAAAUAAAAAAAAUAUUUUUUUUAAAUUAAAAUUGACAAACAUUACUGUUGACCAAUGACUGACGAAGGGGUGUAAACUUCGGCUACCGAAAUUCAGCUUGCCUCAAGAUUUUUUUUUGUGUGCGAACAGACAAAAAAAUGUCAAUGUCGUCCUAAUAUAUGCACGAACUAUGCCAAACUGUUUCGGAUAGGAAGCAUGCGGACGCCUUUGUCUCGUGUUGCCAGCCUUUCAAAUCCCGUAUUGGAAGUCUGGCCAUCUUCAGAUUUGGAUUUUCGAGUUUGAAGUGGCUGCAUUCGUCUUACAUCUUGUACAUGUUCAUGUGUUGCAAGUCAGAAUCUCUUUGGAACUAUACCAAACUCCAAUUUAGAACCUCAGACUUUAACACAAUGUGUUUCUUAGCAGUAUUUGUUGGGCAGUGGCAGUGUGUUUGUAGCCUACUUUUUUUUUUCUUUGGGGAUACUUACUUUAUUUCAUCUUUAUUUUCAUUGCAAAGACGCUUCCUCCGUUAGAGGUUAGGCAGGGUGAUUCUACGUUAUCAGUGCAAACAUCUUAAUUUCCUAAUUGUGUUUAUUACAUCUUGGCCAUUAUCAUUCCACCACUCAAACUUGAAUACUUGUGCAUGGCCUUUUGCACUGCUUAUUAACCUUUAUGCAAUGUAGUUUUUUUUACGAUAGUGUAUGUCACAUUAUGAGAGCUGGUAUUAUACACCACCUUGCACUUAAUAUGCUUAAAGUGUAUGUCACAAAUGCCUAAAUGUAAACCUAACUGGAGGCAUGGCGCUACAGUAUAGGUAGGAAUAGGAUUGGUAGCUAGCUAACUCUAAAUCAAUCUAUAAAACUGCUAACUGAAACAAACUGAUGUGGCUCCGGUAAUGUUCACAUGUUGACAUUUGUAAUGUGUCCAAUUUAGAAUGCUAUUCUCAUGCUGGAGAUUAAUUAGAAAUGUAUGCUAAAUCAUAUUAAUCUGCUGCAAUAGAAUGUAUGCUAUGGAUUGCUAAAGUUUUGUACCAAAGAUAAAUAAAAUGUGCCUUAAUUAGAGUAGUGCUGUAGAACUUCUCACAUUGUUUACUACCCCCAUUUGAACACCAUAUUAUUAUCAGGAAAUUGCUAUUGAUCCAGAUGUUUAGAUGCUUUCGCCUAUUCUAUUUUCUCCCUAAAACAAUGGAAACUAAAAUGAUAGAUUUGAGAAUGUAAUGUUUAUGUAUUUACAUUAUAGGGUCGUCCCACAUGUCCAUAUCUUGGUAAUUGAUUCAGACAAAGUAUUGAUUUUGAUGCAAUUUGAAAGCAUACAAAAAGGUUGUCAUUUUUACACCUUUUUGACGUCAAUUAACAAAACAUGUUUUUCUUGUGUUAUGCUGUAGUUUAUACCCUAUUUCACAUCAAAUUCGGUGUUUGUUAUGCCCACCAUACUCUUUAAAUACAUUAUAAUUCACAUUUUAGUAUUAUACUGUAACAUUUUAACUCCAAAUGGUGCCAUAAAUUGUUGCAGGUCCACCCAUCAGAGAAUGUUGACUUGAAUGGGAAUAUCCAUUGUUUUAAAUAAUAUUGUCAAUCUUCUAUAGCAGGGGUAUUCAACUCACCCUACGAGGUCCGGAGCCUACUGGUUUUCUGUUAUACCUCAUAAUGAACUCCACAAACCUGCUGUCCCAGGUCUAAAUCAAUCACUGAUUUAGAGGAGAACAGUGAAAAAAAUACAGUGGAACUGGCUUUGAGAUCCAGAGUUGAGUUUGAGGGUUCUAUAGGAAACGUGUUGAAAUCGUAGAAAUAUAGAUGAUCGAAUAGACCCCUCAAACGAGACUCCAGGUGUGUGUGAAAUAAAUUCCGGUAGAACAGAGAACCAGCAGGCGCCGGACCUCGUAGGGUAUGAGUUGAGUGCCGCUGGAAUAGACAGUCCCAUUCAACGGUGAGAGGACCGGCAGCCAUCUUUGUGGUUAGUAGUUGGAUGUUAAAAUGUCAAUACUAUUUAAUACCUAUGGCGUACCAGCGAAAUUGUAGUGGUCUGAUUGAAAUUACACUGUGCUGAUGGUGGGGACAACGAACACCACAGAUUUUGUAAAAUAGGGUCUCCGCUACAAUAUGUGAAUAUGAAAAACUGAGUUAGUGAGUUUAGAUAAUUGACUAUUAUUGAUUAACUUUAUUUUAAACAACCUUAUACAGUGAGACGACCUAAUGAUGGCUGUUUUUCAAAGGGUUCUCUGUAUUUAUGAAAUGUGGUGUGCAAUUAUAAUUAAGACAUGUUCUAUUAUAUUUUUAUUUUAUUAUUUACGAAAAUGAGUUCUCUGUGCCAUGAAUCUGGUUAGCUUUAGUAAUGUGCUUUUGAGGCCAAAGUGGAUUUGGGUGUAAUCUACACAUUUGAACAAUCUUAAUAUUUUGUUCUUGCCCCACAUUGUUUGGGUUACACAGGGCCAUGGGAUUGAUUUUGUGUUCGUUAUACAGCAAGACUGAUGGCAGCAUUUGAUGAGAAAAAACACACUUUCUAACUUAAUGCCAAAAAGUUAUGAGAUUUAAUUUAACUAAAUUAAGGAGCCAACACAAAUUAUAUAAAAAUGAAAUAUCAUUGUAAUUGUAACCAAUAGACCUUAACCUUAUCUAAGCAUAGCCAUACCAACAUUCAGCCAAUUAUAUUUAGAAUGCUUUCGUUUUCACCCUUUCUGAAAUAUAGCUUUUUGCAACAUGUCUUUUGCAUUCUGAAAUAAAUACAUAUUUCAAAAUA